AUGAGGAGUGUCAUACCGAUAAUUAAGAGGGCCAAAGCUAUUGAUAGAAUUGUUGCUCCGAUGAAUUUGAGUUUGUCGCUAGUUGAGGAUGACCAAAUUAGGCAAGAGCCUAGAGCUAGGGAUCAGCGGUUUAUGCCAAACAUUCCCGGUGUCCUUCGAAGGUUACUGAAAGGAAUGGCUUUGUGCUUACUUGGGAGUACAAAGAUGGGGGUUGGAUGCUUGUUAAAGAUGUUUGAAGAUUAUGAUGAAUACUUUGAAAAUAGAGAAUAA